GAAAAAAGAUGUAAUUCAACUCAACUCAAGUCUAGCUUCUGAUGGCUUAACCAACCAGAGUUAAAAGCCCCAACCAUGGUUAAUCUCCCGUCGCUUCACAAAAACAAUACUGCUCUAUCUCAAUCUCACUGUUGCUUUCAACUGUUCUGUUUUUCGUAAAGGGACUUCAAAGUUCCUUUUUUUUUUUCCUUUAAUUUACAUGAGAUUCAAAAAGAUCUCUCUUUUGUAUGUUUUCUCUCUCUAGAUACGUACAAAAAGUAGUAGUACAAACUACAAAGUCUACAAAACUACAAAUAAAAAUAUAAUCUUUAAUUGUGAAAAAAAAAAGUUGAUUUUCUUCUAUAAUAAAAUAAAAGGCGCCGUCGUGUACGAACAUGGGUUGCCUUGCUUUUAUGGGGCAGUUGUGGGCUACUGAGUUGAACCGGUGUCUCGCCGAUUUUCUUGCUUAGUUCGAGAGACAUUUUUGUUUGAGGUUUUCAAGGAAAAAAAUGAACAGCAAAACACAGUAACAGAGCUAAUUCCCAGCAUGCAAAAAGCUUAGCCAUGGCGGAAUCUCAGAGUUCAUCGCCACCAUUAACGUCACACCCAGCCUCCAACAGUUCGCUCACCGUCGAUGAUCACAAGAUUCAACCAAACCCCGAUCACCGGCCGUCGGAAAAUGCCUUGCCGGCCAAGAGAAAGCGCAAUUUACCAGGAAACCCAGAUCCAGAUGCAGAAGUAAUUGCACUGUCUCCAAAAACCCUGCUGGCGACCAACAGAUUCGUGUGCGAGAUCUGCAACAAGGGUUUCCAGCGGGACCAGAACCUGCAGCUCCACCGGCGGGGCCACAACCUGCCGUGGAAGCUGCGGCAGAGGAGCGGCGGGGAGGCGGCGCGUAAGCGCGUGUACGUGUGCCCCGAGCCCACGUGCGCCCACCACGACCCCGCGCGCGCCCUCGGCGACCUCACCGGAAUCAAGAAGCACUUCUGCCGGAAGCACGGCGAGAAGAGCUUCAAGUGCGAGCGGUGCUCCAAGACCUACGCCGUCCGCUCCGACUGGAAAGCCCACAUGAAGACCUGCGGCACGCGCGAGUACCCCUGCGAUUGCGGCACUUUGUUCUCCAGGAGGGACAGUUUCAUUACACAUAGAGCUUUCUGUGAUGCUUUGGCUCAAAGCUCACUGUCUCGGCCACCGCCGCCGGUCGCCGGAGAUUCGGAAGCUCCGGCGGAAGUUCCGCCGGCAGAGGCCGCCUCAAGCCCCCCGCUGCCGCCUCUAACUCCGCAAACCGAGGUUUUAUCUCCGGUUUUGUCAGUUCACAGCUCGGCUGCAGAAUUGCCUGAAAAUCCGACUGCCCACUUACAAGAACCGGCGGCUUUAACUCCUUCAAUAGCUCCGGCAAUCACCUCCAGCAGCUCCGGCAGCCCAUUUUUCUCCACCGCACUAAACCCAUCAACUUCCGAACCUCCCGAUCCUUCACAAGGCCCACCAUUCGGCCCGAACCAGUUCUGCCCAUUAUCCGGGCCCACAUCUGACCCAAUCUCGCUCUCUCUUUCCCCAUCUUUCUACGGCCCACCCUCGUUUUUCCAGCCCACGGCUCAAAACCAUCAUCACCCGAUUCACCCGCACUAUGUCUUGGGCCCGCAGCCCGCAUUAUCCGCAACUGCACUUCUCCAAAAGGCUGCCCAGAUGGGCUCCAAGUCAUCUGGCUCCUCCUCGUUCCUCCGCGGGCUUGGGCUGGGCCCACCGUCUCCUUCCGGCCCAAAUCAUGGCAGUAGCAUUAGUAAGAUGGAGAGCAGCCUGAUGGUUUCUGGACUCGGGCUCGGGCUAAAUUCGGGCGGGUCGUCGGGCCUGAACGACUUGAUGAUGGGCCCGUCGAUUUUCGGUGAAAAGCCUCCGACUUUGGACUUUCUUGGGCUGGGAAUGGCAGGUGAUGAACAGGCCCAGCCCGUUGGUUUAUCGACCUUUCUUGGUAAUAUGGGGAAUGAUGGUUCGUUUGGUGGCACGUGGGGUGAUGAGUCGUCUGACCGAAAACCAAGCUUAUAGCCUAGACUAUUUUUAUAUAUGAAUGGUGAAUUUGAAGGGUUAGUGUCUUUUUUUUCUUUUUUUUGGAGUUGGGAGAGGUUCUUGAGGAUUAUUUGAGCUAGAAAUUGCGGUCUGAUUAUCGGGGUUCGAUCGAACGAGGUCCUGUAGUUCAAUCUAUUGGUGAGAUGUUAUGUGUAGUGUAUAGGGACUCACUGUAAUUUUGCUACUGCUUUGUUCAGUUGAAAGUGAGUAAAGUGAAAUAAUACUCAGUUGAAACUUGAAAGCAAUAUAUAGCAACAGCUGAAAAGUGAAUUGAGCCAACUAUUCAUGUGACAAGACUGAAGAGAGUCCUAUAGUGAAGUGAACUAACUCUGUAGACUCUAGUAAAUUAUACACUGCUGUUGGGUUGAGUCUCCAAUUUAAAGAACCUGAAAUGUUUGUUAUUUCAGGCAUGGCCCAUUUGGUUUUCCUCAGGCUUUGAACUUUUCAAUAAUUUAUGCACAA